AUGGAGUCCAUAUGUGUCCUCCUACCAAUCCCAAUGUCCCCUUACUUAGAACAAGAGCUCGAGAAGCGCUUCAACCUCUUGAAGCUUUGGACCGCUCCCCACAAGACCCAGUUCAUCAAGGACCACGCCGCCUCCAUCCGCGCCAUCGUCGGCAACGCCUCCGCCGGCGCCGACGCCGAGUUGAUCGACUCUCUGCCCAAGUUGGAGAUCGUCGCCAGUUACAGCGUUGGGAUUGACAAGGUCGACUUGAAGUACUGCAAGGAAAAGGGUGUGAGGGUCACUAACACCCCCGACGUGUUGACCGAUGACGUGGCCGACAUUGCUAUUGGGUUGACGCUGGCGGUGAUGCGCCGGCUUUGCGAGAGUGACCGGUAUGUCAGGAGUGGGCUGUGGAAGAAGGGUGACUUCAAGUUGACCACAAAGUUCACUGGACAAACAGUUGGUAUUCUCGGUUUGGGAAGAAUUGGCAAAGCAGUUGCCAGGAGAGCUGAGGCUUUCAGCUGCCCCAUUGCCUACUCUUCCAGAACAGAAAAACCAGAAUUGAAAUACAAGUAUUAUCCGACUGUUGUGGAAUUGGCUUCCAAAUGUGAUGUUCUAGUUGUUGCGUGCGCACUUACUGAAGAGACCCGCUACAUUAUCAAUCGUGAAGUCAUUGAUGCUUUGGGGCCAAAGGGUGUUCUCAUUAACAUUGGGAGGGGUCAUCAUAUUGAUGAGCCUGAGUUGUUAUCUGCACUGCUAGAAGGCCGAUUAGGUGGAGCUGGCCUCGAUGUGUAUCAGAAUGAACCAGAAGUACCGGAGCAGCUGUUUGGGCUUGAAAAUGUGGUGCUCUUGCCUCACGCAGGAAGUGACACUACAGAAACUUGCAAUGCAAUGGCUGACCUUGUUAUUGGGAAUCUUGAGGCUCACUUCUUGAACAAACCAUUGUUAACACCUGUGGUUUAA